AUGGAGUGGGGAAAUUACUCCAUGUACGCCGACUUCGUCCUCCUGGGGCUGUUCAGCAACAUGCGCUUCCCCUGGCUUCUCUUUGCCCUCAUUCUCCUGGUCUUCGUCAUCUCCAUAGCCAGCAACACCGUCAUGAUUCUGCUCAUCCACACGGACGCACGCCUGCACACGCCCAUGUACUUCCUGCUCAGCCAGCUGUCCGUCAUGGACAUCCUGUACAUCUCCACCAUCGUGCCCAAGAUGCUGGUGGACCAGGUGACGAGCCAGAGGGCCAUUUCCUUUGUAGGGUGCACUGCUCAGCACUUCCUGUACUUGACCUUGGCAGGGGCCGAGUUCUUCCUCCUGGGACUCAUGUCCUACGACCGCUACGUAGCCAUCUGCAACCCUCUGCGAUACCCUGUCCUGAUGAGCCGCAGGGUCUGCUUGCUGAUCGUGGCCGCGGCCUGGCUGGGAGGGUCUGUGGAUGGUUUCCUGCUCACCCCAGUCACGAUGCAGUUCCCCUUCUGUGGCUCCCGGGAAAUCGACCACUUUUUCUGCGAGGUGCCUGCCCUUCUGAAACUCUCCUGCUCGGACACCUCAGCCUACGAGACGGCCAUGUACGUGUGCUGCAUCCUGAUGCUGCUCAUCCCCUUCUCUGUCAUCUCUGCCUCUUACACCAGGAUUCUGCUCACUGUGUACAGGAUGAGUGAGGCAGAGGGGCGGCGGAAGGCUGUGGCCACCUGCUCCUCGCACAUGGUGGUCGUCAGCCUCUUCUACGGGGCCGCCAUGUACACCUACGUGCUGCCUCACUCCUACCACACCCCUGAAAAGGACAAGGCAGUGUCUGCCUUCUACACCAUCCUCACCCCGCUUCUGAACCCCCUCAUCUACAGCCUCAGGAACAAGGACGUCACCACAGCGUUGCAGAAGGCUCUGGGGCGGGGCCUGUGCUCAGGGAGGGUAACCGUGUUCUGA